UUCGGAUCGCUCUGCAUCAACCCCGUCUUCUGCUGGCCCCUUAUUUUGUUUUUGCACCACUGUUAUUUUCUCUUUACCUGUUUCUCUUUACAAUAAAUAAAAUACCAUGGCCUUCGCCGGCCAAACUCCCACUAUUGUUGUCCUUAGAGAGGGCACCGAUGCCUCUCAGGGAAAGGGCCAGAUCCUCUCUAACAUCAAUGCCUGCGUUGCGGUUCAGUCCACAGUGAAGAGCACACUUGGCCCGUACGGAGGAGACCUGUUACUUGUUGAUACCAAUGGAAGACAGACAAUCACAAACGAUGGUGCAACAGUGAUGAAGCUGUUGGAUAUCGUGCACCCGGCCGCCAGAAUCCUUACCGAUAUUGCUCGCUCCCAAGAUGCCGAAGUUGGAGAUGGAACAACGUCAGUCGUCGUUCUGGCGGGUGAGAUCCUGAAAGAAGUUCGGGAGCUGGUUGAGCAGGGCGUCAGCGCACAAACCAUCGUCAAGGGUCUACGAACUUCGAGUGCGAUGGCCGUUAACAAGGUCAAGGAGAUUGCGGUGGACAUGAUUGAUUCUGCCGGAAGUGAAGAAAAGAAGGUGGAAACUCUCCGGAGGUUGGCUGCAACCGCUAUGAACAGCAAGCUUAUCAAGCGAAACUCGGACUUUUUCACCAAGAUGGUCGUGGAUGCGGUGCUGUCGCUCGACCAGGAUGAUUUGAACGAGAAAUUGAUCGGUGUUAAGAAGGUCACUGGCGGUGGUCUCCAGGACUCUCUCUUUGUCAAUGGUGUGGCCUUCAAGAAGACCUUUUCCUACGCUGGUUUCGAACAACAGCCCAAGUCCUUCAGGGACCCCAAGAUUGUGUGCCUGAAUGUGGAGCUGGAACUUAAGAGUGAAAAGGAUAACGCAGAGGUCCGUGUUGAGCAGGUGUCUGAGUACCAGGCUAUCGUCGACGCAGAGUGGCAGAUUAUCUACAACAAGCUCGAGGCCAUCUACAACUCAGGCGCCAAGGUUGUUCUCAGCAAACUCCCCAUCGGUGAUUUGGCUACACAAUACUUUGCGGACCGCGACGUCUUCUGUGCCGGGCGUGUUGCAUCAGAUGAUAUGGACCGUGUGUGCCAGGCCACUGGAGCAGCUGUUCAGUCGACUUGCAGUGAUAUUCAAGACCGCCACCUGGGCACUUGCGGCUCAUUCGAGGAGCGCCAGAUUGGUGGGGAGCGUUACAAUCUGUUCUCCGAGUGCCCCAAGGCCAAGACAUGUACACUCGUGCUGCGUGGUGGAGCCGAGCAGUUCAUUGCGGAGGUUGAGCGAAGUUUGCACGACGCUAUCAUGAUUGUUAAGCGUGCACUGCGCAACACGACCAUCGUCGCCGGUGGUGGUGCCUGCGAAUUAGAGCUAUCCGGCUACCUCCACCGGUAUGCCGACCGAAAUGUUCCCUACAAGCAGCAGGCGGUUGUCAAGGCGUUCGCCAAGGCAUUGGAGGUUAUUCCCCGACAGCUGUGCGACAACGCAGGCUUUGAUGCUACGGAUAUUCUAAACCGCCUGCGAGUGGAGCAUUACAAGGGCAACACUUGGGCUGGUGUCGAUUUUGACCACGAGGGCGUCCGUGACAAUAUGGUGGCGUUUGUGUGGGAGCCUAGCUUGGUUAAGGUCAACGCCAUUCAAGCGGCCGUGGAGGCUGCUUGUCUGAUUUUGAGUGUCGACGAGACCAUCAAAAACGAAGAAUCUGCUCAACCUCAGGGUCCGUCGCGUGGCCUGCCGCCUGGUGCUGCACAACGGGCUCUUGGUGGAGGCCGUGGCCGUGGUAUGCCGAGACGAUAGAUUUCACGACAGUGAUGACAUAGCGGAGUGGAUUGAAAAGGGAUUGGACCGCCGCCCGUGGAAAAAGAGAUGAAAAUACGGAUAGUCAAUACUUAGAACUGCACAUCGCUGCAUCUUACCCUCAAUCUCAUCAAUUAACUAAUAUUCGGUAUUAUUGACUCUGCUUGCGGCGGCUUGACCCGGCCACGCGGCAUCGAAGAAGAGGAGAUAAAACCAAAGAUAAACCUCCAUUUGAUAAUAAUAAUAGCUCGUAGAAAGUGCUCGCUUGAUGCAUGUGUACCUAUGAUCGACGCGCUUGACUUGGGCAAUUGUGAUUGAUCAACACUGCAUGCAGUUGCUGCUCAU